AUGACGCAUUAUGAGACUGCAAUAGAAGCACAGCGUCACACACAUCGUAAAAAUGAUCAUGAUUCUCGAUACAAAAGACCCCAGUUGAAGAGUAGUUACAAAUUGUUGGAAGGGCAAGCUGUUGAUAUAUACACAAAAAGUAUUUUUUGUGACGUUCAAGCUGAGCUUAUUGGAGUUGCGGAUUGCAUAAAUCAACGUUACGAAGAUCAACCUGAUGGGUUUGUUAAGUUUUACGUAAAUGACUUCCAACAACUUUGUACAUCUUUAUUUGAGGUAAAUAAUGGCGUUUUGGUUUUUAUGGCGUUUUCUGUUAAUGGCGUUUUUAUCAUAUGCAAUGUGUUCUUUUCUUUUUUAGACAAACAUUCUAUGCAUGGCGUUAUAGAGAUAUUGUUUUUGGCGUUUUUCAGGGAAUUUCCAAAACAAUACAUUCUGAAUAGAUGGCACAAAGCCGCCUCCCCAAACUGCUCUCCUGAAUUCUCAAUUAGUCGUGAAUAUAUGACCGAGCUUGAUCCUGAUGUGCAAAGUAUGAUGCGAGAUAUUAUUUAUUCAACCGAAUACACUUUGAACCGUUUAUCUGGUAAUAAAGAGGAGCUAUCCUUAUACAAGGAUCAUGUUCAAUCUUAUAUGAAGAAGGUUCAAGAUAUGCAGAUUGUUGCUCCUCCCGCUAGAUCUAGGGAUAGAUUUGCCGAGAUAACCGGUCAAUAUAAAAAUGACAAGAAUCCGAUAAGAGUCCCUGUAGGUUAUAAAUCCAAAGGUUCUGGUUCUCGGAAGCGCCUGAAAUCUAAACAGGAGAUAGCAAUCGACAAAAAGAAAUCAAAGUCGAAACCCAGGGCCAAAGAAAGACGGUGUCAGAACUACAAAGCCUAUGGACACUACGCAUCAACAUGCAAACAGGCCGUAAUUAAAAGAAGAUCGACAAGGUCUUCGAGAGCUAGUGAAGAGUAG